UCUUUCCCAUUUGAAAUUCAAAUCCUCUCGAAACCCCCAAAACCCUUUCAUCAUUAAAAGACAAACCCUUAAAAAAAAAGGCUCCUCUCCCUCUCUCAACGUUCGAUCUCUCUCUCUCUCUCUCUCUCAAGAACAAUCGAUUUCGACGAAAUCUCCGUCGCUGUUCGAAUCUCUGAAUUUCCUCACUACAUCAGAAUACCAAUAGAGAUAUCCGAACCAGAUUGCUCGAUCAGGCAGAGAAAGCUGUUCCUUCAAUAUGUCUAAUCUUCCUAGCGACCAGCUUGUGCAAAUGGAGACGACUUGUGGAUCUCUUCUCUACGAACUUCAGAUAAUAUGGGAUGAAGUGGGAGAGUCAGAUACCGAUAGGGACAAAAUGCUACUUGAACUAGAACAAGAGUGCCUAGAAGUAUACAGAAGGAAGGUUGACCUGGCAAACCGUUCCAGAGCUCAGCUACGGCAAGCAAUUGCUGAUUCUGAAGCAGAACUUGCAGCCAUUUGCUCUGCAAUGGGUGAGCGACCGGUGCAUAUCAGGCAGUCGGAUCAGAACAUGGGAAGCUUGAAGGAGGAGCUCAAGGCCACUGUUCCACAACUUGAGGAGAUGAGAAAGAGAAAACUUGAUAGAUUGAAUCAAUUUCUUGAGGUUUUGGAGCAAAUAAAGAAGACUUCGACGGAGAUUUAUGGUCCCGGAGACUAUAAUUCAUCUAAAAUUUUUGUGGAUGAAACUGAUUUGUCCACAAAAAAGCUCGAAGAAUUACACAUACAGCUUCAGGCACUCCAAAAAGAGAAGAGUGAUCGCUUGAAGCUGGUGUUGGACCACCUAAAUACAUUAAACAUGCUAUGUUUGGUCCUUGGUAUGGAUUUCAAGCAUACAGUUGAUGAGGUUCAUCCCAGUUUAGAUGAUUCUGAAGGAUCAAAGAACAUCAAUAAUGAUACAAUUGAAAGGUUGGCUGCUGCUAUACAGAAACUGCGAGAGGUUAAGAUAGAAAGAAUGCAGAGGCUUCAAGAUCUUGCAACUACUAUGUUGGAGCUUUGGAAUUUGAUGGAUACACCUGUUGAGGAGCAGCAGAUGUUUCAGAAUGUUACGUGUAACAUAGCUGCAUCAGAACAUGAAAUAACCGAGCCAGGCAUUCUCUCUGCAGACUUCAUUAACUACGUAGAGACGGAAGUUUCAAGGCUGGAAGAGCUGAAGGCAAGCAAGAUGAAAGAGCUUGUCUUGAAGAAGAGGUCAGAGCUUGAGGAGAUUUGCAGGCGGAUGCACAUGGUAGCAGAACCAGAGAGUGCUAUGGAGUAUGCAAUUGAAGCUAUUGAGUCUGGAGCGAUGGACCCCUCAUGCAUCUUGGGACAAAUUGAGGCUCAAAUUGCAAAGGUGAAAGAAGAAGCUUUUAGCAGAAAAGAGAUUCUGGAGAAGGUUGAGAAAUGGUUGGCUGCAUGCGAGGAGGAGAGCUGGCUGGAGGAGUACAACAGGGAUGACAACCGUUACAACGCUGGAAGAGGUGCACAUCUUACACUGAAACGUGCAGAAAAAGCUCGUUCUGUAGUUUCCAAACUACCAGCAAUGGUGGAGGCAUUGGCAUCCAAGACCAAAGCAUGGGAGAGAGAAAGAGGCAUGGAGUUCACAUAUGAUGGUAUUCGCCUUCUUUCUAUGCUUGAAGAAUACAGUAUACUACGACAGGAGAAAGAGCAAGAACAGCGGAGGCAGAGGGAUCAAAAGAGACUUCAGGGGCAGCUAAUAGCGGAGCAGGAAGCACUGUUUGGAUCAAAGCCAAGCCCUUCGAAGACCCCGAGCGUGAAAAAACUUCCUAGAACUUCUACUGGAAGCGCAAAUAGAAGAUUGUCUCUUGGUGGGGCGAUGCUACCAAAACCUGACUUCCAUUCCACGAAACAUGCUAAUGGUUCAACAGCGACUGCAGCUGCAUCGCGUCCAACCAAAAAGGGAGAUCGCUUGCUGCGAAAUGAUUCUGUGAACCACCACCAGCAUGAUGACAGUUUUGCGGCUUUAUCUGCUGGUAGGAGAGGGUUGGAUGUUGCUGGCCUUCCAGUAAAAAAGCACUCAUUCGACUCCUUGAGUGCAGGCGAAACCGAAGUGCCCACGCAGCUGCGGAAACCGUUCUCUCCUGUCACUGCACUACCCUCCAAGGUCAAUACAACACAUUUCCUAGACCCGAACAAUUUGCCCAAUGGGACUUCACUAAAAGUGGGUUCAGUUAACAACACGCCACUGACCACACCCUCCAAGCCCAAUGCAACAAGUUUUCUAGAAGAUCUGAACAACCCAUACAAUGGGGCCUCUCUGAAAGCUUUUCCAGUUGAAAAUGUACCAUAUAGCACACCCCCCAAGCGGACCUCUGUCACUGAUGAAGAGAAUAGGACCCCCAAGGCAAUGCCAAUCCCGACACCGUCAACUCCUUUGACAGUUUCCGUUCCCAUGCAGACAGCACAAACACCUGCUCCAGCUGCAGUUCUUUUGGGGACCACGGUGCGACAAGAGCUGGAGGAGAUUGAAUACUCCUUUGAGGAGAGGAGAGCUGGCUUCAUUGUUCCGAAAGCACAUUUGGCAUCUGUCCAUGUUUGAGAAAUUGGACUUGCAACUGUUUUCUAUGAUAUAUAAGCCAAUUCUAAUUGGCUUUUCAUGUACAAUCAAUCCCCUAAGGGCAGACAAUCACCUUCCAUGAGUGACAUUUGUAAUUGGCUGUUUACAGUGCAUUAUAUUGCCUUAGUUUAUAUCUCGAAGGUAAUGGCACCAAUUAUUUUUC